CGGGAUGGAUCGACAAUCCAAAGCUUAAGACCGUUGUAGCAAAGGUUCAGAAUAAGAGGGAAUCGUUCAUAAUUUAGCGGUUCCCUGGUAGCCAUGGCAAGCUACUCUAAUAUAACCCCCGGCACAUCCCGUCACAGACACCAGGAGGCAGUCUACAAGGUAGGCAUCUACGGCUGGCGCAAGCGAUGCCUGUACCUCCUGAUCCUCGUCCUGACCUCAGUCAUUAUAGUCAACGUGGCUCUCACCAUCUGGAUUCUCAGGGUCAUGAAUUUCACACUGACUGGUAUCGGUAAGCUACAUUUUUCAAGUGAUGGCAUCAAAAUUGGCGGUGAGGCUGAAUUCCUCAAGGCGCUUUAUGCUGCUGAGAUCAAGUCCAGACAGGACAAAAACCUUGUAUUACAGUCGGCCAAAAAUGUUACCUUAAAUGCCAGGAACGGGCUAGAAAACACAACAAAAGGAAGAUUAAUAGUCGGUCCAGAAAGUUUAGUUUCCUACAAUGAUAGAUUUGUCAUCUACGACACGAAGAACAGAAUGUUAUUCUAUGCAGAUGAAAAUGAGGUGAUCAUUGGUGCCAAAAGAGUCACAUUUACAGGAAGUGAAGGGACAGCAUUUAAAGGUCCCAUUCAGACACCACAUGUUACUUCAGAGUCUGGGCAAGAUUUAAGGCUGGAAUCCGUGUCAUCAAAUUUAUUUGUGGAAUCACCACAAACCGUUAGCCUUACCUCUCGCAUCGGAGAAGUUUCCGUUUCAUGUUUUAACGAUAUCAAUCUCCGAUCCAGGCAGGGAAAAAUAUCUUUGGACGCAGCCCAAGUCGAAAUCAAGAACCUCCCGGAGAGUACCUCAGGAACUAGCAGCAGUGCAGACGUCUUUGAACUUUGUGCCUGCCGGAAUGGCCGCCUCUUCCUGGCCCCACCCAUCACUGGCUGCCAAGCCAGGACCGAACUGUGCGAUUGAGUUUUGCAUGGUUCGACAUGGCCAUUAAACCCAGGUGAAAAUGGGAGUUGUUCGCAUUCGUCAGCAGUGACAACUGAGCGUAUGUGUGGAACUUUUUUCAGUGUUUGGAGGUUCACAACACUUUCGGCCUUGGAUGAAAAUGACAUGCUUUUUUGUCUGUGCCAAGUCUUUCAUUGUGGGCGUUCGUCGUGGUAACCAUCUCUGAUUCAAGAUUGAAACCUUGGCUUUGGCUGCUCCUCCGACCUUUGCCCCCACAUCAAAGUGUGGUCACGAAUGGUUGGACCAACUUAGAGGCUUUGACUCUCCUUUUCAAUGUUAACUUCUUGCUGUCCUUCUAGCUGCAGUCUCUAAAGCUGGGAAUCAUGAAGCCAGAGCUUGAAGUUAGAAGUUGAAGCUGAAGAGUGAACAAUGGCCUAUGGUUUAAUGCAAAGGUUGCAUUUUCUGGGAGAUAUUGAGCUGAAAAUGGAAACAAAACAAAGCAAACAAACGCAAGCUCUGCAGUAUUGACUUUCUCUCAAGAAUCCAGCUUUAGCAUGGCUGCUGGCUGAUAUAGGGUAAGAUUAUUUUUGCUGCCGUAUCAGUGAGUGAGGUAGUCAUACUUCCGCCCUGAAAUCAACUCUUCACGGUUUUCAGAAAAUUAAUUCAUUCAUUCAGAUAGUGUGGUUUCAUUUGUUUGAAACGAUCAAUAUUUGUAUUAAACAAACUCUUGAAGUCUUGAAGCAUUCCAGAGGGAUCGUGAAAAUAGUCAGUUUUUUAAACUGUAAAAACUAUUCUAUUAAACAGUAUUAUUUACAUGGUUUUAGUCUUCUUUUAAGUGUUUGUUUUGAAAGUUGAAAAGCCUUGCCCCUUUUAUUAUUUUUCAUGCAGUUGACAAAUUUUCCUAAUGUGUAAUGGGUUUGUGUAAUGUAACCCUGAAAUCAUAACAUGGUCAGUCAUUUUAGGCACUCUACAAUCUAGAUGUGUUGAGUGAAAAACUUUAUGUAGAUCUGAAAUACAUAGGAGGUUGAAAUCUACUGAAACUUUGUUAACUUUGGAAUUACUUUUGACCAAUGAAAAACACUGGAGUUGGUCAUAUUGUAUACCACCAUUUUGUUUUUGGAAGUUAAUUUUACAUGAUAAAGUAUGUCGCUUAAAACUCUUUUUGUUUUUUGGCCAUUGUACAUCCACCAAAAGCAGAUAGAAGUUCUUGGAAUUGUAGGGCUAAUUAUCUUUCUAUUUCAAAAGAAAAUGGCUGGAAUUCCUCUUUUUUGAAAAGCCAGCAGUGUGUGUACUAAACAGAUAUGUACCCAUGAAUCAAAAUAGAUUCUGUACAAAUGUGCAUUAAUACCAAAAUUAUAAGGGAUAGGUCUUUAUGAUGUGGUUACUUUUAAUUCAGUUGGAGCCGUGUUAGACAGAUAAAUUUGUCUGCUCAUUUUCAAUUCUUUUCCUCAUCAAGAUAAGACAAUUUGUGGUAUGCAGAGUUUUCUAAAAACAACUGUAGCAUUUAAACAGUGCUUCAUAACGACAUCAGAUUUAAAAUGCUUGUUUUGCUUACUGAAAAGGUAUUGUCUAUUGGUUUACAUAAAAGAGAAAAAUCCUGCUCAAUGAAAUUCGAUGUAAUUGGAUGUCAGGAACUUGAAGUAGAUGGAACUUCUUGGUUGCCCCGUAUUCAGUUGCAUGAUGCAUAUUUCUUUCUUGGUCUUUCUCCGUUUUGGCAUUCCUCUAAGUUCAUAGAAGUCUAUAUGAUGCUGUAGCAAAUUGUUUUUUCUUGCUUGGAAGUCAUCAAGGUCAGAGUUGGGUAGCAAAGAACAGCCUGGUCAUGUGUGGCAACACGAGUGUUUCGACAGUGCCUGUUAUGGUGAGACCAGACGCUGCGUGCCAUUUAUUUGGUAACAACAGCGUUGCUGUACAUCUAGAUAAAAUUUACAUCGGACUGUGAUGGGUUUGAAGCCUGUAAAGCCUAAUGUCAGAUCUGUUACUGCUGAUGUGAGGCUCGCUGUCCCGUUUUUGCUGGAGUAUGAGGUGCAAGCACUUUGCUUACUGUCUUUUGUUGGAUUUUAAAUUUGUUUAGUGGAUUCAGAGAGAUGGCCUAUCAAAAAGGCCCAAGGUGUUGGAUAGGUGUGCCAGAGUUGACAGUUGAAGCCCAAUGGACAUAACUUAUGCUCCUCCAUAGUGCACCACUAAAAUACCUGUUAUGGUCAUGGCAUAAGAUUCUGCAUUGUCACUUGCAAGAGUUAAUUUGGGCACAUCUGUUGAAGCAGCUGGCUUCAUAAAUGGGCACUGUAUUGUUGUGCAAGUUGAUUGUGAUUGUGAUGAACGGUGGGUUAACGCAAGUCCCAAGCUCUCGGUAUGAAUGUGCAUUAAAAACAGGUGGGCUCAACAUUAAUAGUGGAAAACACCCUUUUAUAAAACAAUUCACUUUUGUUUCCUUUGAAAUGGGAAUUGCUAUCAAGUGUAAACAAAACUCAGUGAUAGAACUGUGGCCUUAUAAAACUCAUUCUUGUGACCUCUGUAGCUUUACAUGGAGCCAAAAUCAUGGAUGUGAGUGUAGUUACAAUCACUCCACUACAGGGAAUAGAUCCAACUUUGGCCCUCUCUCCCCUUUUUUAGGUCAUUGUGCUCUUUCAGAAGCCUUUUUCUAAGGAUAUUGUAUAGUGUAUAUAUUAUGCUCGUUUGGUAAACCUUUUGAAAUGCAUGUAACGGUAUUCAAAUUGUCGGUAAGUUUCAAGCGUAAUGUAAAUAUCAAUAUGUAUGUUACAGAAUGUUAGUAUUUAUACAGGAGUAAGAAGUGGGUGGAGUUGUGGGCAGUUUUAUGGGAUGUCACAGGCUGUUGAAGUCCAUUAUAUAGCCAUAUCAUGCGCUCCACGGUGCACGAUAACCUCACAUUAUACUCCACAUUGUAUUCUUGUUAACCUUUAACCUCACAUGCACCGUGCACCUCAUGCAGUUCCAGGUAAAUUCUUUGAGAUUUUUAAACUUCCUGUUCUCUUCUUCCUCUUCCUGUGAGGUCUAGAGUUGGAGGUUUCAUGGAGAAAAAGGCUUGAGGCAGUGGCGUAGCUAGGAUUUGAUUGGUUGGGAGGGCAUAAGGGGGGCACCAGCAUCUUAUGGGGGCACCAGCUUUCAGUGGUGCGUUUUUUUGGAAGAGCAAGCUUUUGUUAGUUUUGUUUGAUAUCAAUUCAUCCGUUUUUUUUUAGUGGGGGUGUACCUGAGGGCACGGGGAAUUUCUGGGUGUGCCUCCCCCCCCCACUACGCCACUGGUUUGGGGUUGAGAAUACCAUUGCCAGGGUCUUGCAAGUGUUCUGUGGCUGUGGUGUACACCAUAUUUGAGGGAAGCACCACUCCACUACUUUGUGAUUGACUUUGAGCUGGCACAGGGCGCUGAGCAGUUGUGCUUUCCAGAGAGUUGGAAAUUGCUACUUACUGGGAAGAGUAGAGAAGAAUUGUCUGAAGGCAAGGGCAGAUCAAGUUUGUUUUUUUUCCAGGGGGAUGUUUAGGGGCCAAAAGUUUGGCAGUAUCUUGAAGCUUUUAUGGCAUUUCUUACAAUUUAGAGUGAGACUACAUUUGGGGACUUUUUAUACACUUAUUUUUGAAAGCAAUUUAUUUUUCUCUUUUUUUUUGAGGGGGGUGUGAGCGAUGUUCCCCUAUCCUCAGUAUGUGCAGAUUGACCUAAAAGAACUCUAAUUCAUGCAGGAACCACUGAGUAAUCACAGACUCAUUUUGUUACUUGUACCCCACCUUGAAAUGGCUAAAAUUGUUUCUAGUAGUAGUUGAUGUACAGCUCCAUGCAGGAGACAUCGUUAAGGAUAUUAUAGCUUCUAGCUUGUUAUUGAUACAGAGUGACAGAUUUAUAAACUUUGCACAUUUGGUUCUUAAUUAUUUAUUGUGCUAGAAUGCACCUGUUUGUAAUUUGAAAAAAAAUCCACUUAUUAAAAUUAAAGAUAAGCAACUUUUUGUUGCAUUUAUCAAGGUCAAAAGGGCUGUUUUGCAAUGCAUGUAGUCAGUGUCUUUUAAAGUGUUAAGAAAUUCAAGUUAUAUAUUUUGUUCCUUGUCAACCUGUUUGUAGACCAUUUAUGUCAUAAAAGCUGAAAAGUAGGUGUUGGCACUCGUAUAUAAAGAUCACGUUUCUUUUCAUUUCAAAUUAUUCAACCCAACUAUCUUCUCAGAAAUCAAAGUCAAAUCCUCUCUGAUUCAAUGCUAAAAAAACAUGUAUGAGUACAAUAUAAAAGUAAAUGGCUAAGUUAGAAUUCUUGAGUUUGAAACGUGAAUUAAUCAGAUAAAUAGUCAUCAAGUUUAAUUUCACCGUGUUUACCCUUAUUUGGACAUUUUUAUUUUAGUUUAUUUUAUAAUUGUGUUUUAUUUAAGUAGUCUGUAUUCCUCUAUUUUAAGAGGUUCUUUCUAGUUUUCUCUGAAAUAACCUAAAGAAUAUCAUAGAGCAUCUUCAAAUUCUUGAACUUUUUCUCCAAACUUGUGUCCAGUCACACACAUUCCAGGUCAUGAUCUCUAGAUGGUUGUCCAGUUGGCUUGCUUCGAUUGUUUUUUGAUAAUUUUGAUUUGGCAGAUAUUCAUAGUUUCUUAAGUAUGAUUUGUUGCACAUAACCCACCCUACUCAUGUCAUCAUUUCAUCCAGAUGAGCCAUGUAAUGUACAGCUGUUUGUUUCAUAGCAAAACCAGAAAAUACUGUGGAAAUGGCAUACGUUUUCCAAGUUUGAACUCUUGACGUUCACAGUCUUAAAGUUUAGUUACCUCAUCAGACAUUUUUGCACAGAAUUAAGGAAGAAUGAAAAAAUAAGUUCUGAAUAACUUAGGCUGUCCAGGAAAGCAUACAGAUCAAGUGUGUGCAUCAUUUGUAAAAGAAUUUUAAGUAAAAUUAUAAUAAUAAGUAAUGGAAGGUGAUCUAUUUCUUAUGUGUGCUGUAAGUAUGUUUAGUUUAAAUAAAUUUUUGUCACCAUGUAUUGCCAUCUUAAAUUCAUCAUUUUUGAUGACAGCAGUGUUCAGUUAUGAGUUUUGCAAAGUAUAAAGCAAGUUCUAGAGAUUUUAUCACUUAAUAUUAUCAAUUUGGGGGAGUACCUGACCAAUUUGUCACGAUUGGGUGAUGAAAAUGAAAAACAAAUCUCUUGUUUUAGAUGAAGUGUUUGGUCUGUUUCAAUAACCCAACAAGGGCCAACAUACAAAACACAGAUGCCACAAUCUGGGGCUCGUUUCAAAUAGUGUUUGACUUCAAUACGGGCGAUUCACAAUCGUGCGCCUCAAAGAGUUUGCAAUGCUUUGGCCAAUCACUGUGCAAAAUCU